GUCUAAAGACUAAUGUGUUCAUCCUCUCCACCCACCAGGCCACCACUCCCACAACGACGGCCUGCUUUAGGGAAAUGCUCUAAAUCAGAAACUGGACCAGAUGGUACCGAAGGACUCCAAGCUGGUUCUCUCGCUGUGGACAACAGAACCCGUCCUGGACUCACUAGAACCUUUUCAGUGCAAAAACAGUUAUUUUGUUACGAUGACUGACCGAACAUAUGUUGUUCUGUACAGAACUUUGGUUCUUAGCGGUAUUUCCUGCAAACCCAAAGCCGGUUCCAACAGGACUGGGAGCAGAACCUUUGGGCCGUGGCAGCGAUGGAAGAUAAGCCCUGCGGGGAUCUGGGUGAGGGUGAGCUGACGGACAGGGCUGACUCAGAACCCACUGACCCAGUUCUGGUGAAGAUGAGUGGGUCAGGUGAGCAGCAGCUGCCGGGAUCACAGUCGGAUCUGCGGGUCCAGGACAGCUCCCUUCAUCCCAGGAUAUUUUUGCUUAGAUUAAUCUGCGGCUCAGAGUUUAAUUCAAACCCAGGAAGCAAAACAAACGUGUAGACAUCUUCUUGGAGCGUCUCAGACAUUUUCACCUUUUUUAUAUCACCUCCAGAACCGCAGCGGAUCUAAACCGACCUCAGGGUUAGAACCUGGACCGCUCUGAGCUGAGGGACGGAUGUUUGUGUUCUAAUUAGGAAACAGUUUGGUUCCUUUUAUAAUUAUCUUCAAGCUUCUUCUUUAAAGCUAAAGUAAUUUCAAAAUUAUUUCCAAAAUACAUUAAAUAAUAGGCCAGUAAACGAUGAUGUAAUUCCAAAAAAAUCAACAAUGUGGUUUAAGAAUGGAUUGAAUGAAGCUGAUUGGACUAAAUGUUUUUCUACAGAUGAUUUAGAUGUGAUGUGAGAUAUCUGGGGAAUUUGUUAAUUUAAUACUCAGCGGUUAGUCCAAUGUUCAAAGCUGGCAGCUGGUGGUGAGGUGAGAGAUGUUCUUGUUGUGUUGGCUGGAUAAAAGGUGAGCAUAGUUUCUGUUUGGUAAUCUGGCAUAAACAAAAAACUGCUGGUCCUGCUUGUUGAACUUGAAAUCUAAAUCCAGGUUUCCACCAAGAUUUAUUACCUGUUGCUUAACACCUGGUCCCAGAUUAAUUAUUUAUUUACCCGUGUUUGAAACUUGUGGUGAUUUUCUCCUUAUCUUUGAUUUAAUAUUAAUCAGUUUCAGCUCUUUUUUGAUAUAUAAUAGAUGAGUAAGUCGUGACAAACUGUCUAAUUCAUGGGGGCACAGGUAGCUGCUGCUGACGUCCUGUAAGCCGGGCAGCAAACAGGUUCUGAGGGUCAGCAGUUCUGGGUUUAACGGGUUCUCUCAGGUGUUUUGGGCUCUGCUGGCUGAGUUUCAGAGGAAGCUGUGGGAACCAGGACGAUCUGCCGCUCCAGCAGGGCCCAGGUGUGCAGCUCUUAUGAAACAGCAGAUGUAGGUGAGACAGAUCUGAGCUGCCCGUCCGUCUGAGCCAAAGAUUAAGAGCGACUGUUUGUUUCUCUCCUGCAGCACAAAGCGCAGCCUCAGCAGUUCACACCGGGUCACCGUCCAGAGAACCGGCACAACUCUGGUGCUCAGCUGGUUCUGGUGGGUGGUGGCCUCUGGGAGCCGAGGCCUGAGACGGGUCCUUCCUGUGAUCCUGAGUAACGGCAGUUUUACUUUCACAGAUAAAACAUUUAAUUUAAAUAAAACUCUUAGAUCCAGGUCCGUUCUUCUCCUUCCUGAAGGAAACGUCUCUCUGCAGCUCACAGGCGACCCGUCUUCAGGUCCUCUGCUCUGGUUCAUGGAUGAAUCUGGGUCAGACCAAACAUCAACACAGACAAUUAAAGGUCUGCUGAACUAGGAGCAGCUGAGAUCAAAGCUGAGAUGCUCUUCAGUCAGGCUGACCUCACAGAGAAGCUGGAGUCCAGAACUAAACCUGUUCAAUACCCACAAUAUUCUGGUUCUGCUCAGCCCGUCCAUCCACUAAUCACUGCAAUGCUCCAGGGUGAACACUAGAGGGCAGACUGAACCGGUCCAUGUCUGGUUCCGACUGGAUUUAAACUGGGCCGAACUGGACCUGACCCGGAAGUAACGGGUUUAGAUUUAGACUUCUUGUUCUGUGCAAAAAUUCUCCAAAUUUACAAGCAUUCCAAAAUGAUGUAAAAAACUUUCAUGCUUCGAUCAAAUUACUGGAAUAUAACAAAGCCGUAAAGUUUUCAGAUUUGAUAACAGUAUACUUUAGCUAAACCCCUGUGUUAUUUUUUUAUUUUUAUUUUUUAACUUUAAUGUGACUGUUUAAGUUUAUAUAAUUUUUUUGUCUUUUAAAGAAAAUCUGUUAUGGUUGGCAUAUGUUUAAUUGUACUUCUCUGCUAUUUUGAAAAUUGUAUUUUGAAUUUGCUUGAAUAAAAAAACAAACAGAACAAAAAAACGUAUUAUUCUGUGCAGGUGAUGCAUCAACUUCCUGCUUCAUGACAGAAUAACUCAAAUAUUAAACAAGGUUCAUUUUUAGAUGUUCGUUCCAAAGAUUCUCAUCCUGAAGACCAGAAACGGGACGGAGCUCCAGGCGGCCGUGGCCUACAUCUGUCACCGUCCCAAUCAAUAGAGAUGAUCGCAGAAGAAGUCAAUCCCCCUGCUUCUGGGCUCCGAUUGGCCGAGGCUGCAGGCCCCGCCCCGCUGUCGCCUCCUGUGUGAUGAGAGGACCAGCAGAUAAAUAACAGUCCAGGCUCCAGGGAGCUGCACAUGUGUCUGUGGACGCUGCAGAGAUCUGGACCAGGCUCAGGAUGGAGCUGACCGACUUUGGUCUGAGGAACGACUAUCACUUCCUCAGUCCUCGACGCCUCCUGCACUCUUCCUCAUCCUCCUCCUCCUCCUCUUCCUCUCCGGCUGAUGAAGCUCAGUCUCCCUCCUCCUUCUUCCAGUGCUCCCCCCUCAGUCCCUCCUUCUCCCUGGACGCCGCUCCGCUCAGCCCCUCACAGCAGGCCUUCCUCCUGUCCAGCCCAGCCUCCUCCUCCUCCUCCUCCUCCUCCAGCCUCCUCUGUGGAGACCCGGCUCCUUGCUCUCCAGGAGGAUGCAGCUCCAGGAGAGGAGGCGCCGUGGCGGCGGACAGCUCGCUGGCUUUCUCAGACUCCCAGUCUGGCUCCUUUUCAGCAAAGGUGGACUCCAUCCUCCGAGGCGACUACCGGAGCCCGAUGGGCGGCGUGGGGCCCAAACGUCUGUGUCUGGUCUGCGGAGACUUUGCGUCUGGUUUCCACUACGGCGUGGCGUCCUGCGAGGCCUGCAAGGCCUUCUUCAAGAGGACCAUCCAAGGCAACAUAGAGUACAGCUGCCCGGUGACCAACGACUGCGAGAUCACCAAGCGGAGGAGGAAGGCCUGCCAGGCCUGCCGCUUCCAGAAGUGUCUGCAGGCGGGAAUGAUGCGGGAAGGGGUGCGUUUGGACCGGGUCAGAGGGGGCCGGCAGAAAUACAAGAGGCGGGCGGAGACGGGAGGCAAGGCUCUGUACAGCCUGCCGCUCAGCUCCAGUGAGUCCCCCCCCCCCCCCCCCCCAGGUUCCACCCCCAGGUUCCCACUCCGGCCACACUUCCUGGUUCUGACGGCCCGCCUGUCCGUUUCAGGGAACAAGCUGAUCUCCCAUUUGCUGCUGACAGAGCCCGCCCCCCUGGCAGCCAAUCAGGACGACUCAACCGAGGACAGCAGCCUGCAGACGCUCCUGACCCUCUUUGACCUUCUGAACCGGGAGCUGCUGGUUCUGAUCGGCUGGGCCAAGCAGAUCCCAGGUUUCUCUGAGCUCUCCCUGCUGGACCAGAUGUCGCUGCUGCAGAGCGGCUGGAUGGAGGCGCUGCUGGUGGGCGUGGCCUGGCGCUCGCAGGCCAGGGCGGGGGAGGAGCUUGUUUUUGCCGGGAACCUGCGCCUGGACGCGGCUCAGUGCCGGGCCGCCGGAUUGGCUGACGUGUACGAGGAGGUGCGCCACCUGGCGGCCAGGUACCGGGCGAUGAACAUGAGCCCCGAGGAGGCGGUGACCCUGAAGGCCGUGGCGCUGGCCAACUCAGAUGCCGACCCGCUGGACUGUCCCGACUCCCUGCAGAGGUUCCAGGACGGGCUCCACGAGGCCCUGCAGGACUACGAGUCCUCCCGCGGGGAGCAGCACCGGGCGGGCCGCCUGCUGAUGAGCCUCCCGCUGCUCAGACAGACGGCUGGGCGGGCCGUGCAGGCCUUCCUGCGGCUGCACCGGCAGCGCCGCGUCCCCGUCCACAAGCUGCUGCUGGAGAUGCUGGAGGCCAAAGCCUGAGGAGCAAUUCCUCUGCCUUCACUGCUGCAGCCGCUUUCCUCAGGGACACGGACAGAACACAGCUUUCCAAAAAAAAAAA